CAUCAUCUAUCUUUCAGCAGGAUUUCAUCAACGAUGAUUCAUAUUGACACGAAGCCCUGCUUCCUAAGCUAGCUUCGUUUGAAAGUUAUAGUGGGAUGGAUAGGGGUUGAUGUAUUCAGAUAUAGACCAAGAAGAUUUGUUAUAAAGCCUCCACAGCUGCUCUUCGUAGGAGUUGACCAGAGAAAUGAAUAGACAAGAAUUAUAGUGACUUUAAGUGUAUCAAAACGCAUGUCUCCUAGAGUACCUAAGCGGUGACAUUUAUCCUGCUAGAAGCCCUAUUCAACAUGGACGAAACUGCCCCUAAACCUUACGUCCUACCAGCGAAUGCAGUCUGGUUCAGUAGGUCACCCAUCUAACCACAUAGAUAGCUUCAUAUUGGAUAGGGCUGAAUUAACGCUCAAAAGUCACCGGAUGCUCCUCCGGCAUCGGCCAAGCCCUUGCCCAGCACAUCGCCAACAAGACCGCCUCCCAGCGCGUCGUAGCCACGGCCCGCAACCCGGCCUCGCUAUCCGCCGCCACGUCCGGCAUCCCGGACACGCCCGACGUUCUCAAGGUCGCGCUCGACGUCACCUCGCCGAGCGCCGUCGAAUCCGCCUUCGACGCGGCCGUCGCGCGCUUCGGACGCGUGGACGUCGUCGUCAACAACGCGGGCUACAACCUCAUGGGCGACGCCGAAGCCUCUCCGCCCGGUAACCUGGGUCCGCGCUUGCUCAUGGACACGAAUUUCUGGGGCGCCGUCGACGUGUCCAAGCGCGCGCUCGCCGUCUUCCGGGACGUGAACCCUAAGACCGGACAGAUAGGGGGUGUUAUCGUGAAUGUGACGUCUAUGGGCGGCUUCCUCGGGUCGCCGGGCAACGCGUAUUACCACGCGACAAAGUUCGCUUUAGAAGGGUUCGCGGAGAGCGUCGCGAAGGAGGUCAGCCCGGAGUGGAAUAUCUACGUCACGUGCGUCGAGCCCGGGGGUACGAAGACGCGGUACGUGGGCGAGAAUAUGCGGAGGAUGCCUAGACACCCUGCUUAUGCGGAGGACCCGCAGAGCGCGACGACGGGGAUGUUGAAGUUUAUGGAUACGCCGGAGAUGCAUGAGGGGUUUGCGAGCGCGGCGGAGGUCGCGGAGGGGGUUUACACAGUGGUGGGGAGUGGACGGCGCAUUCCGAUUCGGGUCCCGCUUGGGCGCGAUUCGUGGAGGAUGGUUAUGGCGGAGGUGGAGAGGGUGAAGGCGGAUUUGGAGGAGUGUAGGGAUAUUAGUUGUGCGAUGGGGGUUAAGGACGCGGAGGAGAUGGCGAGGUUGGUGAAAUAAGCGGUUAUCUACGAGAUUCCCGAGUCUGAUGAUAUAGACGCCGAGGUUUCAUGGAGUAGGCGGCAUUACGAAACGUGUAAAGUGUAAAAUUCAACGAACUUAGACGUCACAUCAGUC